CUUUCUCCCGAGGAUGUCAUUUCUGGAGGAACUCGACUUGUGAGAGCAGGGUUAGAGGGCGGGAAAAGCGCGGUAGCUCAUGGCAAGCCAGCCCUUGAAAGGGCUGCAAACCUGACAGCUCAGGCAGCUAACUGGGGCGCUCAAAAUCCCGCUUCAUUCGCCUGCGCAGCUGUCGGCGCGACCGGUGCUCUUGUUUUCGUUGCCCCUGGCCUUGUAUCAAUCCCACUAUUGUCGAGCAUAGGAUUUACAGCAAACGGCAUUCAAGCAGGCUCUGCAGCCGCGGCCGCUCAUAGUCAAAUCGGAAAUAUUGUAUGUGGCAGCGCGAUGGCCAUAACACAGAGCGCUGGUGCAGGAGGCAGUGGUCUAGUCAUCGUCAACGGGGUCACCCAGCUGGGGGGUGCUGCGAUGACUGUAGGAAGUGCUGGACUAGCAUGGGUCAAAGCUAAAUUGUGA